AUGAUUACUACUGAAUUGAAAGGGAUGUUCAGAGGUGUAAGUCAAAAUGACGAGUCAAUCCGAAUUUUUGACGAAGAUCUAUGUAUGAAUGAUGUUGUUGGCAGUCCAGCUCGUUUGAACAUGACACCGGAUAUGAGAAGCCAAGUUUCAUCCCUUCAGGCAAGUUUCAUGUUGUUUCGUGACAAAUGUAUGGAUGACAUCAGCUCUCUACAAGCUAAAGUUUUGAAACUCGAAUCUGUUGUGGAUGAGCAAAAUCGCGAAAUACUGUCUCUUUGGGAAAAAUGUGAACGAAAUCUGCCGGAUGGUGAUCAGAAUGAACUUGUAAGUAACAAGUUAGGACAAACAAACACGGCAGACACAGAGCUAUUGCCUUCCACAAUGGAAAAUGAAGACCUUGUUAGUGGUCAUCAAAAUGAAAUUGCAAGUAGCGAGUUAGCACAAACGAACACGGCAGACACAGAGUUAUUGCCCCCCCACAAUGCAAAAUGAAGACCUAACUGUUAAUGCAGAUGCUAUCUCAAGUCAGCAGUCCCAAUUAAUGAAAUCAGCAACUUAUGCCAGUAAAUUGGCUGCGACAAAAAGUCCUAAGAAAAAUGUUUCUGUAAACAAAACUAUUGUUAGUGCUCCCUUACAGAACUUCUCGCAAGAGGAAACUGAGCCUCAAGAAGAGAGAUUUAUUGGUGUUCAACGAAAGAGAAAUAACACUCGUGCGUUCUUCUUAAGUGGUAUCAAUCAAAAGGUAUCUGAGAAAGAGAUCCAGGAUUACCCCUAUUCAACGUUUGUAUAA